GGAUCAAAAAUUGGCACGUUACAAUUUCUACCUUUAGGAGAAUUUUGUAAUAAUCUUCGAGAGUCCUCUGGUAUCGCAUCAAACACAACAGAAUAUUCACGAGGCGUAACAACAAUACUAUAAGAUAAACAAAAUUCUUGAUGGGUGAAAAGUUGACCAUCUUCGUUCAAUAAUUGACUAAGAAUAUGUUAUUUUCUGACCCAUCUUUCAAUAUAUAAAGAUCUAUUUCGAUACUGUAUAUCUUGGUCAAGUGCAUCUUUAGUGAUCGCAGCAAGCGUGCAAUGACGUCAAAAAGCGCGCUUUGAAACACUUCGCUUUGUAGCUUUAAAAAAUAAAAUAAUAAAAAUACUUCGCUUUGUGCCCGCGCCAAUAGCUCGACCCGCUUCCAAGUCUUUAAAUUUCGCACUGCACUAGAUUCAACAGCAACAUGUCGAAAGAUUUGAUGAGGGAACUCAUUGCGGAGGCCUACGAAAUUUUAGGCUUGUUCGAAAGAUGCGUAACUUCGCACGAUGAGCAACUUCGUCUUGCGACAGAGGCGAACGAGCUACUCCGACAAAUACUGGAAGCUGCUUCCGUAUCCCUCCAAGCUUUGUAUCAGCUGAUUGAGGAGCUUUCCCCUCAGCUACCAUUUGGGGGCUUUAGUGUGGAGCAAGAAAAUCCAGUACCGAUCACUGUUGUAACAACAGAAGACAACGAAGAAGAGGAGGUCAGCAUUUUGUCACUGCCCGGUGUCUCUGCGGAAAAUAAUGCUAAUGAGCACGAAUCAACAGAAAGGCCACAACUUCGUCUUCCUAAUCCAAAUGGAGAAGACCAUAAAGAAACAUCAGCAGACAACAACAUUGCUCUACUGGCAGGCAGUGACGAAGAACCUUUGAGGGGCCAUGCAGAUGAGGAAGAUGUCCAGCAGCCCACUGGUCACCAGGAGAAGCUUCCCCCUCGGCUGCUGUCGUCUGGUAUGGAGCAGGAAAGUCCAGGGCUGCUGAACUUUAUAAAUGAAGAAGAGAAUAUAGAGCCCACCCAAGAAGAGGCGAUCAGCAAGUUGUCACUGCCUGAUGGUAACCAGGAGGAGUUUCUCCCUCAGCUGCAGUUGGAGGACCACGGUAUGGAGCAGGAAAAUCCACCGUCUCUCAAUGGUAUAAAGGAGGAAGAGAAUCCUGUGGAAGUGGAGGUCAGCAAGUUGUCUCUGUCAGAUGGUCAACAGGAGCUUCCCCCUCAGCUGCCGUUGGGGGGCUCUGGCAUGAAGCAGGAAAAUCUAGCGCCCCUCAAUGUUAUACAAGAGGAGGAGGAUCCAGAGGAAGAGGAGCUCAGCGAGUUGUCACUGUCUGAUGUCUCUGUGGAAAAUGAUGCAGAGUGGCCACAGCUUAAUCAUCCUGGUCCAAGACACGCAGGAGAAAACCCCUGUAGUUGCUCAGUUUUGAGGAGAACUUUCUCGCAAAUAGUCAAACUUGGGAAGAGGAGUGAUUAAAACAUAGGAGAAAAGCCCUUUAGUUGUUCAGUUUGCAGUAAAGCUUACACUCAUAAACAAAGUUUGGUGAGAUUUGAGAACACACACGGGAAAAAAAUACAGUGAUAUGAAAAAGUAUCUGAACUUUUCGGAAUUUCUCACGUUUCUUCAUAAAAUAUCCAUCAAACGUGAUCUGAUCUUUGUCAAAAUCACACAGAUGAAAAAUCAUUGUCUGCUUUAACUAAAGCCAUCAAACAUUUAUAGGUAUUCGUAUUUUAAUGAGGAUAGUGCAAGGGAGAAAAUAAGUGAACCAUCACAUUUAAUAUUUUGUGCCCCCCCUUUGGCAGCAAUAAUUUCAACCAGACGCUUAUUGUAGCUGCAGAUCAGUCUGUCACAGCGAUCAGAACUAAUGUUGGCCCAUUCUUCUCUACAAAACUGCUGUAGUUCAGUCAGAUUCCUGGGAUAUCUGGCAUGAAUCACUGUCUUUAGGUCAUGCUACAACAUCUCAAUGGGGUUCAAGUCUGGACUUUGAAUUGGCCACUCCAGAACGUGUCUUUUGCUCUUCUGAAACCAUUCUGAAGUUGACUGACUUCUGCGUUUUGGAUCGUUCUCUUGUUGCAGUAUCCAUCCUCUUUUUAGCUUCAAUUGUCCGACAGACAGCCUCAGAUUUUCCUGCAAAACAUCCUGAUAACUUUUGAAUUCAUUCUUCCAUUAAUGAUUGCAAGUUGUCCAGGUCCUGAGGCAGCAAAACAGCCCCAGAUCAUGAUGCUCCUUCCACCAUGCUUCACGGUGGGGAUGAGGUGUUGAUGUUGGUAAACUGUUCCAAUUUUCCUCCACACAUGACGUUGUGUGUUAAUGCCAAAAAAUUCAACAUUGGUUUUAUCAGUCCACAAAAUAUUAUGCCAAAACGUCUGUGGAGUGUCCAAGUGCCUUUUUGAACACACUAAACGAGCAACAACGCUUUUUUUUUUUUUAGACAACAGUGGCUUCCUCCGUGGAUUCCUCCCAUGAACACCAUUCUAGGCCAUAGUUUUACAUAUGGUUGAUGUCUGCACAGAGAUAUUGGGCUGUGCCAGUGAUUUCUCUAAGUCUUUAGCAGACACUCUAGGGUUCUUUUUUUACCUUUCUGAGGAUUCUGCGCUGAACACUUGGCAUGAUCUUUGAUGGACGGCCACUCCUUGGGAGAGAAGAAACAGUGCCAAACUCUCUCCAUUUGUAGAAAACUUUGCGUCGAUUGAUGAACAUCCAGACUUUUAGAGAUGGUUUUGUAUCCUUUCCCAGCUUUAUACAAAUCAACAAUCCUUGAUCACAGGUUUUCCGGCAGCUCUUUUGACCGAGCCAUGAUGCACAUCAGACAAUGCUGCUCAUCAAGAAAAUUUUUACCCGGUGUGUGUUUUAGGGCAGGGCAGCUUUAAACAACUCAUCAGUGACUGGGCACACACCUGACUUAAAAUGUUUGGUAAAAAUUGGUUUCAAUUGCUCUUUAAGUCUCCUUAGGCAGAGGGUUCACUUACUUAUUUUUUCCCCCUUCUGUCAUUGUUUGCAUACUGUCGUCAUUAAAAUAUGAAUAACUAUAAAUGUUUGGGUGGUUUUAGUUAAAGCAGACACUGUAUUUUCAUCUGUGUGAUUUUGAAAAAGAUCAGAUCACAUUUGAUGGUGAUGAUUUUAUGCAGAAAAGUGAGAAAUUCCAAAAGGUUCGGAUACUUUUUUCAUACCACUGUACUUUAUUUGCUGAAUUUCAGUUAAACGUGGUAUCUUCUGGAUGAGUACACGAAACUUUUUUUUGCUUUUCAACAACAGGCUCUACAUUCGCUGGUCAACGACUAUUCCUGCAUUUUUCAUGAACACAUUUGAUACUCCUAUUACGCUCGCUAUUAUUUCAACACUGUAAUAUGCUUAAUUUUUCAGUCUACAACUCUUGCCAAAUUUGCAGUAAAAUAAAUAAAAUUGGUGAGACACAUGAGAAGACACAGGAAGACAACAAAAAGGUUAUUUAGUUGCCGGUUUUGUGCCCAAACAGUCAUGACCCCGCAUGAUGUCCAUCAAGUGGCAUCACACACAAUGAAGAAAACUCCCAAGAUUCUUCACUCUGGGUAGAGAGCUAUGCAUAAAAGAAUGCCCAUGUGCUCCAUUAUUCAAUAAACCUUUGAUGUCUUUGACGGGAUCUGUUUUCACUCGGGCGAGUCUGGUUUUAACAGUGUUCAAUUAACCUUUUCAGGGACAGUGGUCAUGACGCGGGACAGCGAUUCAAAAGUUGGCACCUAAGAUUCUAAACCCCUGAUAAAGCAGAGAACUGUUUUUGGUAAUUGAAAAAUAAUACUAAUGUAGUUACCAAAAGUGGAACAAUAAAACCUCACAUGCAUGCAGACAAAUGGAACAGGAGGCUAGCAUGGUAACAAACAUGAACAUUACCAAACAAUGUCGAAUUGGCACUAUGAUGCUAAAAACAGCAAAGCAAUAUACAAAUUGAUUUUAGAAAAUGUUCAAUUUUUUAAAAUUACGUUUAAGGACCACAAGCUUUCAAAUU